UUGACACCCUCUAAAUAUAAACCGCCUGAAAAGUCCGACCAAGGCUUCGGAAGAGACCGCAAACUACUUUGGGAGAAUUUUGUCAACGUUUAAAAUGACGCAGAUGAAGCUGGUAUGAUUUGCAUGUGGACAGAUGGGAAAGGCUUUGUGGACACUGUGUGGGACUUUAAUGGCUGCCGCUCAAGUCCGGUGGACUCUUUUCCUGGUCUUCGGCCUGCUUGCGUGUCGGUGUCAUGGCGGCUGCUCGGAGGUGGACUCCCAGACGGAGGCGGUGGAAGGCCGCGACUUCACGCUGGGAUGCAUCUCCUGCAAAAAACGGGAGGAAGUGAUUGCCCGGACAACCGUGGACUGGCACUUCAAAGCUCGAGGAGAAGACCACUUCGCUCAGAUUUUCCACUACGACCACCCGAGUGCUGACGUCCUCCACGAGGCCUUCAGGGGCCGUCUGGACUGGCUCGGGACUCAAAGCGAGGACGUCCAGGUGGGCGCCAUCGCCAUCAACAACGUCACUUCCGAGGACGCGGGGACAUACCGAUGCACUUUCCAGCGCACGCUCAUCCUCCCCGGCUACCGUCCAAGCGUGAGCGUGGAGAAGGAGGUGGAGCUCAGCGUGGUGUCAGUGGGUAACCGCGAGACGACGGCGGUCAUCUCGGAGAUCGUGAUGUACGUGCUGAUCGUGGUUCUGCAGCUGUGGCUCAUCGGGGUUGUGCUUUACUGCUACAAGAAGACUUUAGACGAUGCCAACGCUCGGGAGGCCCGGAAGGCUCUCAAGGAGCAGAAGGAGCCGCUGCACGCCGAAGUGGAUUGUGACGGGGUGCAGUUAGAGUAACACGCCACUGGAGGGCGCUGUUGUGGAUGGAGUUACCCUUCUUAAAAGUUCUCAUGCUGUAGUACUUUUCACUGCCACAAUGGCGCAUUGGAAAUGCCCAUCCAUCCAUCCAUCAUCUUCCGCUUAUCCGAGGUCGGGUCGCGGGGGCAGCAGCCUAAGCAGGGAAGCCCAGACUUCCCUAUCUCCAGCCACUUCGUCUAGCUCUUCCCGGGGGAUCCCGAGGCGUUCCCAGGCCAGCCGGGAGACAUAGUCUUUCCAACGUGUCCUGGGUCUUCCCCGUGGCCUCCUACCAGCUGGACGUGCCCUAAACACAUCCCUAGGGAGGCGUUCGGGUGGCAUCCUGACCAGAUGCCCGAACCACCUCAUCUGGCUCCUCUCGAUGUGGAGGAGCAGCGGCUUUACGUUGAGCUCCUCCCGGAUGGCAGAGCUUCUCACCCUAUCUCUAAGGGAGAGCCCCGCCACCCGGCGGAGGAAACUCAUUUCGGCCGCUUGUACCCGUGAUCUUAUCCUUUCGGUCAUGACCCAAAGCUCAUGACCAUAGGUGAGGAUGGGAACGUAGAUCGACCGGUAAAUUGAGAGCUUUGCCUUCCGGCUCAGCUCCUUCUUCACCACAACGGAUCGAUACAACGUCCGCAUUACUGAAGACGCCGCACCGAUCCGCCUGUCGAUCUCACGAUCCACUCUUCCCCCACUCGUGAACAAGACUCCUAGGUACUUGAACUCCUCCACUUGGGGCAGGGUCUCCUCCCCAACCCGGAGAUGGCACUCCACCCUUUUCCGGGCGAGAACCAUGGACUCGGACUUGGAGGUGCUGAUUCUCAUUCCGGUCGCUUCACACUCGGCUGCGAACCGAUCCAGUGAGAGCUGAAGAUCCCAGCCAGAUGAAGCCAUCAGGACUACAUCAUCUGCAAAAAGCAGAGACCUAAUCCCGUGGCCACCAAACCGGAACCCCUCAACGCCUUGACUGCGCCUAGAAAUUCUGUCCAUAAAAGUUAUGAACAGAAUCGGUGACAAAGGACAGCCUUGGCGGAGUCCAACUCUCACUGGAAAUGUGUUCGACUUACUGCCGGCAAUGCGGACCAAGCUCUGACACUGAUCGUACAGGGAGCGGACCGCCACAAUAAGACAUUCCGAUACCCCAUACUCUCUGAGCACUCCCCACAGGACUUCCCGAGGGACACGGUCGAAUGCCUUCUCCAAGUCCACAAAGCACAUGUAGACUGGUUGGGCAAACUCCCAUGCACCCUCAAGAACCCUGCCGAGAGUAUAGAGCUGGUCCACAGUUCCACGACCAGGACGAAAACCACACUGUUCCUCCUGAAUCCGAGGUUCGACUAUCCGGCGAAGCCUCCUCUCCAGUACACCUGAAUAAACCUUACCGGGAAGGCUGAGGAGUGUGAUCCCACGAUAGUUGGAACACACCCUCCGGUCCCCCUUCUUAAAGAGAGGGACCACCACCCCGGUCUGCCAAUCCAGAGGUACCGCCCCCGAUGUCCACGCGAUGCUGCAGAGUCUUGUCAACCAAGACAGCCCCACAGCAUCCAGAGCCUUAAGGAACUCCGGGCGGAUCUCAUCCACCGCCGAGGAGCUUUUUAACUACCUCAGCGACCUCAGCCCCAGAAAUAGGAGAGUCCACUACAGAUUUCCCAGGCACCGCUUCCUCAAAGAAAGACGUGUUGGUGGGAUUGAGGAGGUCUUCGAAGUAUUCCCUCCACCGAUCCACAACAUCCGCAGUCGAAGUCAGCAAAACACCAUCCGCACCAUACACGGUGUUGAUAGUGCACUGCUUCCCCUUCCUGAGGCGCCGUAUGGUGGUCCAGAAUCGCUUCGAAGCCGUCCGGAAGUCGUUUUCCAUGGCUUCCCCGAACUCUUCCCAUGUCCGAGUUUUUGCCUCCGCGACCGCUAAAGCUGCACACCGCUUGGCCCGUCGGUACCCGUCCACUGCCUCCGGAGUCCUAUGAGCCAAAAGAACCCGAUAGGACUCCUUCUUCAGCUUGACGGCAUCCCUCACUGCUGGUGUCCACCAACGGGUUCUGGGAUUACCACCACGACAGGCACCAACAACCUUGCGGCCACAGCUCCAAUCAGCCGCCUCGACAAUAGAGGUUCGGAACAUGGUCCACUCGGACUCAAUGUCCCGCACCUCCCUCGUGACAUGUUCAAAGUUCUCCCGGAGGUGUGAAUUGAAACUCUCUCUGACAGGAGACUCUGCCAGACGUUCCCAGCAGACCCUCACAAUGCGUUUGGGCCUCCCAGGUCUGUCCGGCAUCCUCCCCCACCAUCGCAGCCAACUCACCACCAGGUGGUGAUCGGUAGAAAGCUCCGCCCCUCUCUUCACCCGAGUGUCCAAAACAUAAGGCCGCAAAUCCGAUGACACAACUACAAAGUCGAUCAUGGAACUGCGGCCUAGGGUGUCCUGGUGCCAAGUGCACAUAUGGACACCCUUAUGUUUGAACAUGGUGUUUGUUAUCGACAAACUGUGACGAGCACAAAAGUCCAAUAACAAAACACCACUCGGGUUUAGAUCCGGGCGACCAUUCUUCCCAAUCACGCCUCUCCAGGUUUCACUGUCGUUGCCAACAUGAGCGUUGAAGUCUCCCAGUAGGACAAGGGAAUCACCCGGAGGAGCACUUUCCAGUACUCCCUCGAGUGUACCCAAAAAGGGUGGGUACUCUGAACUGCUGUUUGGUGCGUAAGCACAAACAACAGUCAGGACCCGUCCCCCCACCCGAAGGCGAAGGGAAGCUACCCUCUCGUCCACUGGGUUGAACUCAAACGUACAGGCUUUGAGCCGGGGGGCAACCAGAAUUGCCACCCCAGCCCGUCGCCUCUCACUGCCGGCAACGCCAGAGUGGAAGAGGGUCCAGUCCCUCUCGAGAGAACUGGUUCCAGAGCCCUUGCUGUGCGUCGAGGUGAGUCCGACUAUAUCCAGCCGGAACUUCUCUACCUCGCGCACUAGCUCAGGCUCCUUCCCCCCCAGUGAGGUGACGUUCCACGUCCCAAGAGCUAGUUUCUGUAGCCGAGGAUCGGACCGCCAAGUGCCCUGCCUUCGGCUGCCGCCCAGCUCACAAUGCACCCGACCUCUAUGGCCCCUCCUAUGAGUGGUGAGCCCAUUGGAGGGAUGACCCACGUUGCCUCUUCGGGCUGUGCCCGGCCGGGCCCCAUGGGAACAGGCCCGACCACCAGGCGCUCGCCAUCGUGCCCCAACUCCGGGCCUGGCUCCAGAGCGGGGCCACGGUGACCCACGUCCGGAAAUGUCUUGUACAAAAUAUAACAUUAGAUUGGAAUCAAACAGCUUGAAAGUGCUUGAAAUAAACGUUUAUUGUCUCUGUUGUA